AUGAACGCUCCAAUGCAACCCAAUUAUGCUCGGGGUUAUCCCCAGGCUGCCCAACGGUCUCCAGCCACGGCUCGUCGAGCCCAAGGACCAGGUUUGUCCCCUUUCCAACCUCCCCGUUCGCGCUCCUCUGAUCCCGAAGUAGCUGGCGCGAUGCCCGUUCCAAUGCCCCAGCAUGCGGUCAACCCCCAGUAUAUGGCCGCGCAGCGCGCGAUGCCUCACCCUAACGACGCGGCCCUCCGCCGCAGCCGCAAGCCGACCGACAAGAAUAUCCCCGAAGGUAUCGAAGAGGUUGUCAUCGGCGAGGGCGUCGAACAAUACAAGAACCUUCGCGACCUGGAGAAGCGACUCGACGCUGCUAUCAUCCGCAAGCGCUUGGACAUCCAAGAUUCUAUUAGCAAGACCGUGAAGAAGUAUCGCACCCUUCGCAUCUGGAUUACCAACACCGUCGAGAAUCAACCCUGGCAAGGAGCUGGCAGCAACCCCGGUUCUGGUCGGUAUAAGGUACGCAUUGAGGGCCGGUUACUGGACGACGAUAAUGACCCUACUGUCCCUGAGGACGACGAUGAGGGUGACAAGGGCGAUGCGAUGGACCAAGAUGGUUCGAAGAAGGCAGAGUCCAAAAAGACUUCUCAGAGACUCUCGCAUUUCUUCAAGACCAUCACUGUCGAUUUUGACAAGCCAGCCAGCAACGUAACCGAUGAAGCCAAACCCGUUACCUGGACCAAACCUCAGGUUCCCCCGAAUGCGACGUCAGCACCACCGAAUGCCGAGUUCGAUAGCAUACAGUUCGCUCGUAAUUCGCAGGAAAACGUGAACGUUACCAUCAGCCUAGUGCGAGAUGAGACGCCCGAGCGGUACAAACUGAGCAAGGAGCUUGCUGAGGUACUGGACGUUGAGGAGGAGACCCGGAGCGGAAUUGUGCUUGGAAUCUGGGACUACAUUCGUGCCAUGGAGCUGCAAGAAGAUGAGGAGAAGCGACAAGUUCGUUGUGAUCAUCGCCUACGCUCGAUCUUCGGCCGCGAGCAAAUGUACUUCCCUCAGAUUCCAGAGAGCAUUGGGCCCCACACCAGCCCCAUGGAUCCGAUCAAGCUUCCUUAUACUAUCCGCGUCGACGAGGACUUCCACAAGGACCCCACUCCCACCAUCUACGACAUCCAGGUUGCUGUCGAAGACCCUCUGCGCCAAAAGAUGAUGGCUGUUACUCAGAACCCCCAAUACACAGCCGGCUUGCGCCAGAUCGCUUCGCUGGACGAUCAGGUUGCGCUCAUCGUCCAGGCCCUCACCCACUCCCGAGCCCGCCACUCCUUCUACACUGCCCUGAGCAAGGAUCCCGCUACCUUCCUGCGCCGCUGGGUCAACUCCCAGCGUCGGGAUCUUGAGACUAUCCUCGGCGACGCCAAUGGUGUGGGCGAUGGCAGUGGACCCGAGUUCCGCCGUGGAGGUCCUGAGAGUGCCUGGGAGACCCCCGUGGCGAAGGAGGCAGUACGUUAUAUGCUUGCAAAGCCCGAGGCCGCAGCACCUCGGUGA